AGGAGACGACAAAAGCAAAUGACGCGCUCGCCGCUGCCCGAGGCGGCGGCCGAGGUCGCGGCGCUCCGCCGCCGCAUUGCCGAGUCGGCGCCGCGCCGCGGCUGGCGCCCGCCCGACGACGCCGCCGUGCGCUUCGCGACGCUGCCGCUGUCGGCGCGGACGCUCGCGGGCCUCGCGGCCGGCGGCUUCGAGACGCUCAAGCCGAUCCAGCGCGCGGCGAUCCCGCACGCGCUCGCGGACCGCGACGUGCUCGGCGCGGCCCGCACGGGUUCGGGGAAGACGCUGGCGUUCCUGGUCCCGGCCGUCGAGGCGCUGUACCGCGAGCGGUGGGCGCGCGAGGACGGCCUGGGCGCGCUCGUCGUCUCGCCGACGCGCGAGCUCGCGCUGCAGAUCUUCGGGGUGCUGCGCGUCGUCGGCGCGCGGCACGACUUCUCGGCGGGCCUGAUCACCGGCGGUCGCACGCGCGACUGGGCGGCGGAGCAGGCGCGCGUCGUCCGCGCGAGCCUCCUCGUGGCGACGCCCGGCCGCGCGCUCCAGCACCUCGAGGAGACGCCCGGCCUCGACGCGGGGCGCCUGCAGGCGCUCGUCGUCGACGAGGCCGACCGCGUGGUCGACCUCGGCUUCGCGCCGCAGCUCGACGCCAUCGCGACGUACCUGCCGGCCGCGGGCGAGCGGCGGACGUGGCUCUUCUCGGCGACGCUCGCGGGCGUCGGCGGCGGCGGCGACGCGCGCCCGGGCGCGCGGCUCGCGCGGCUCCGCGCGCUCGCGGACGCGGCGACCGUCGAGUUCGUCGUGGCGCGCGACGACCGGGCGGCGCUCCUGCGCGCCGGCGCGCCCGCGGCGGCGGCGGCGGCGACCGCCGCGCCGACGCCGGCCGCGCUCGCGCAGCGCCUCGUCGUCUGCGCCCUCGAGGACAAGCUCGACCUCCUCUACGCGUUUGUCCGCGCGCACGUCGCGAGCAAGACGCUCGUGUUCGUGAGCACGUGCGCGCAGGCGCGGUUCCUCCUCGAGGCGCUCCGCGGCGCGCGGCCCGGCGCGCCGCUCGCCGCCCUCCACGGCAAGCAGAGCCAGGCGAAGCGCGUCGCCGUCUUCCGCGCGUUCGCGGCGCGCUCCGGCGGCGCCGUCCUCGUCGCGACCGACGUCGCGGCGCGCGGCCUCGACGUCCCCGACGUCGACUGGGUCGUGCAGCUCGACGCGCCCGAGGACGCGGACGCGUACGUCCACCGCGUCGGCCGGGCGGCGCGGAACGGGCGGCGGGGCGACGCGCUGCUCGUCGUCGCGCCGCACGAGCGCGCCCGCGUCGACGCGGCGCUCGCGGCGGCGGGGCUGCGCGUCGACGUCGUCCGGGCCGACCCCCGGCGCGCGCGUUCGGUCCGCGCGCACGUCGACGCGCUCGUCGCGUCGCGGCCCGAGGCGCGCGCGGCCGCCGUCCGGUGCUUCCGCGCCUACGUCCGCGCCGCGGCGCUCCACGCCGGCGCCGACGCGGCCGCGCUGCCGCUCGCCGCCUACGCGCGGUCGCUGGGCCUCCCGACGGCGCCGCGCGUCGCGCUCCCGCGGUCGCCGGCCGCCGCCGCGGACGCGCGCGAGCGCGCGCACGUCGCCAAGAACGCGAACCGCAAGCUCGCGCGCCUCAAGGCGCAGAUUGCCGCCGCGAAGACGCGCGCGCCCGCGACGGCGGCGCGUGCCGGCGCCGCCGAAGACGACGGCCCGCUCGUGCGCGCGCGCGCCGGCGCCUCGGCCGCCGCCGCCGCCGCCCUCGCGCGCGCAGCCGCCGCGCCGCCGCCACCGCGCGCCCGCGCCAAGCGCCUGCGGCUCGACGCCGCGGGCACGUCGACGGCCGCCGCGCCGCCGACGCGCUUCGACGACGACGGGCGUGCGGUCGCGCCCGCCGCGACGGCCUUCGCCGCUGCCGCCCCCCCGCGGACCGGCCCCGCCCUCGCGCACGCGAGCGACGAAUUCGUCGCGCGCGUGCGAGAACGGCUCCGCCUCACCGCCGCGGGGGACCGGGCGGCCGAGCGGAACCGGCGCCAGGAGAAGAAGCGGCGCCGCCAGUGA